AUGUCUACUUCUCACUCUACCGGCUUCCCCAUCACCACCUACUCUGUACCCGGCGAAGCCAACAUGCUAGCCGACGAACGAGUGUCCUUUGCCCGUGGACAACGACACAACCAGGCUGACGUCUCUGACGCCAUAGAAUUAAUGUCAGCCAAAAACGCCCACAUCUAUCUAUUUCGUGAAACAGAAAAACGCUAUCCCGAUGCGUACCACGCUCUUUCUUCCCUAUACACUUUCCUUAACAUAGACCUCGUGGCUGACGAACUCCUGAAAGCCAUAGACUCACUACAUUUGUUGGAAAACGAGCAUUCGCAGCACAACAAUCUGGACUCGAGUAUCUGUCGGGCACUCCGGAUGGAAAAGUUAGUUUUGGAAUCUUUGGAACGACGCUUGAGGAUGAACUCCUUGAGUGGGCAGACGGACGCGGCAAAGGCAUAUUUGGAAUUAGGCGGGAAGAUCUUGCUAACCGAGGCGCGCACGCGGAUAGAGCGAGACGGCUAUACGAGUACUCCUCCACCCGGUUUGUCCCGCCGGUCCCCAUUAUACCCAGAUCAGAUCAGUGUUACCCCGGAGCUCACCUACCCCACCGCCACUCCACAACCUCCGCCCACCCAGUUAGCGGAAAAAUACAUUCCCACCGUCCCAACCAGCCCGACCUCACAAGGGUCGAACCCCUCCAGUCCCCUACCAAACGCCCAAACCCGUCGCCUGACGAAACGACGAGGAGCCCGACUAGGCCAACAAGAAAGUCCGAAAGACAGUCCGCCUGGCGUAACGCGCAGGCCUGAGACCGGCUCUCCUUCCAAUCCAAUCAACGUAGAUGACGCCGACAUGAUCGACCAAUUGUACGCGGGAACGUACAACCUGGGAGAUGACGAUCCCCCCACUCCCAAAUCCGACACCUCGUCCAAUACCCGACGAAAGUACCACCAAGGCGUUCGCGACAACGCUCCUUACUGUCAAAACUGCGGUUGGAGUGAUCACCGUACAUAUUACUGCGAAGCUUACUACUGCCCCAACUGCGAUAGACGCGCACCAGGGCAUAGUUUCAAUUGGUGUCCUAUUUGUAGGGAAAACGAAGAUAGGAUUCUGAUGGAGGGAUUACAUGGAGACGUCAGCUACGACGACAGCUACAACAUGGAUGGCGAGGGUACCGAAUUUCGGUGA